AUGUCGGUAUUUCGCCAGGCCACCCUCACUGCUGCUUCCAACGCGUUAUAUGCCGAUCAGGCUGGUGAAUUUGACUGGAGUCUAAAAAAUUUGGGACGAAUUCAGGCUGUAGCUUUCGGGGGAUUUGUGGCACAUGGGCCGCAUUUAGUCGUGUCCAGAGGCACGACUAGAGCUGUGUACGUAGCAUCGGACGAGCGGUCGCGAGCUCUAGCACGCUUAGACUCCAAAACUGGCGAUAUCCACUGGCGCCACGUAUUUGCUGAAGGGGAUACCAUCAACGACAUUCAGCUGACCAACUAUGGACUACUAUCAGUAUCAGGAGCCGGCCACAAUUUGAGACUAUGGGAUCUUUCGACGGGUGUACUGUUAUGGGAUGAAGUGACUAGUGCGGGUUCAGCUCGGAAGAAUGCUGUCUUUGGGGGUCUAUUCGCACUAGAUGUUGAUCACUCGGUAGUACUGACGUCAUCCAGUGUGGCUAUGAUUAGUGUCCAAGAUGGUCAAGUGAAGGUGCAGACACUACCGGAAGAUUUCACGAAUGAAGCAGUGAAGACUGGAGUGCUGUCGUGGCAGAUCAAAUCGGACAAUACAAUGCUGUAUGUGCUCGCCGGCAGUCAAAUGUUGGAGGUUGAGCUUUCCUCAGGGCGCAUUAUAAACCAUUUUAACCGUCCAGAGAUCAAAGAGCAAGAUAAGGGAGACUUGAAAGCUACGACUGUGCUGCGUCGUGACAGUGAGGAAGGCAAGACUAUUGCGGUAACGCUAACUAAGGACAAGUUACUGCUGCAAGCCCUGGAGAGCACGAAUGAUGCGCCAGAGAUUGCUUUGAGCUCGCUCGAAUUAGAUGGCGACCUGGUCAUGGCGAUCGACACGAGUAUUUCAAAUGCGUUGGUUCUCUGUUUGGACUCGGGAAAGCGUGCGAUUCUAACAAUCUCGAGUGCCUUUAACGUGGAGGUUGCUUCGAUUGUGAGUGCUUACGGAGAUUUAGUUGAGUCAGAUACAGACGACGCUGUACUGUUCAAUGCUUCUCCAAUGGAGACAGGCAACGGGGUGAAUAUCGCGUCAUUCACGUUACGAAAAAGCAUUGCUUUGGUUUCGUGGAAGGUUGAGUUGAACUUGUCCCUUUUUGGUAGCGAUGUUUCUCGUGCAUUCAUAGGCUGCCAUGAUGCGAAAAAAGAUCUGGCUCCUCGUUGUCAUGCUGUGCUUGUUUUGAAAGACGAUGCUUUGCUUAUGACAUCGAAUGACAUGAAGACAAAUGAUGACAAGACGAAUAUUCAGUGGAUGCGUGAAGAAGCUUUGGCCAACGUUAAAUGUGUGCGCUGGAUAACGCCAGCAGAGACGGAAAUUGAGAAAACGGCGUUAACGCGAAUCCCAUCGUUUACAGAGGAACUGCAACUUGAAAUGAAGCACCUACAGCAACUCGCAAGGAGGGUCAUGACAUUGUCCUUAACGCUUUUUGAAGAUGAUUCUACUCAACUUGGCGUGGACAGAUCUCGUGUUGCGCGUAAGGAACCACCGAACGCACACUUAUUCGGAUUCUCUAAGUACAUCAUUGUAUUAACUGAAAGUGGCAAGUUAUUUGCGAUUCGUGCUGAAGCUAGCACAGUGGCGUGGGUUGUAUUCGUUGGUCCGGAUUAUCAACUCUUUGUGACGCGUGAUCAUCCGGCUCUUGGCUCAGGCGCUGAGUUGCUGCUAGUCUCCAGCUCGACAGAUCUCAUUUGGCUUGAUGGUGACGAUGGCCAUCAGGUGGAUACAGCUCAGGCCGGUGUUGCGUCUGGAGACUCGUGGGUGGUUCUUUUGCCCAAACGAAAGCAUUUGGCUACAGAUGAAGAGCUUGUUGCGCGCCGCAGUGUGGCUUUCAUUGCAGAGAACACGCUCAAAGUAUCGCUAUAUCCCAGAGAGACAGCAGGCUUCGUUCACCCGGAACUUCAUCAAUUCUUUUUCUACCGUUACGACAAAAUAUCUAACGCCUUUCGUGGGUAUUACAUCAAGAAUGAAGGUGAUGUCAUGACGACUGACUAUCGUGCACGAGAGUCCUGGUCGAUUGUGCUUCCGCGUGAUCAAGAGGUAAUUGCGACUUCACACCAUCACGAUCAUUCGGUGGUCGACUCCGCGGUGACCAUUACAGGCGAUGACUCGUUGCUGAUAAAGUACCUUAACCCAAAUCUGUUUGGCCUUGCUACGAUUGCGACAGAAAACUCAAAUGAAGCUCAUAAUUCAACCUCUGUGCUUUACGUGAGUCUGAUCGAUUCUGUGGCGGGGCGGAUAAUCCAUCGUGUGCAUCACGCAAACGCCUCGAGUCCUGUUCGCAUGGUGCAAAGCGAGAAUUGGUUAGUGUACUCGUUCUGGAAUAUUAAGGAGAAACGUACGGAGAUGGUGUCUCUGUCUUUGUUUGAAGGUGCAGUGGGUAUGCAUUCGCUAAAUCCGUGGAAGCGUCCAUCGUGGCCGUCAUCGCGAUCGUCGUUCGACCCGAAAGCCCCAUUUGUGCUUCAAAAGAGCUUUAUCUAUCCUACGAAGAUCACAUCACUUGGAGUGACGGUAACAGCUCAUGGCAUCACUCCGCAAUCCAUCCUGGUAGGAAUGGAAACUGGCCAGAUCUUUCAGUUGACUCGCAAUCAUAUUGAUCCGCGCCAACCGGAGAAGCCGCUUACAGCUGAAGAACAAGCAGAGGGCUUGAUGAUGUACUCGCCGUUGGUACCCGUUUACAACCGUCCACAAGCCAUGCUGACGUACAACCAAACAGUGGAAAAUGUAAAUGCCAUCAGCACAGCACCCGCCGAGCUCGAGUCGACAACGCUUGUCUUCGCGCAUGGUCUUGACAUGUUCUACGUUCGCAUGGCGCCUGCCAAAUCUAACAUUCGGUACAAAGACACUCGCACAACGCAAAGCGCUGCAGGCUGCUUGGAAGUAAUCGUACAGUUUGAUUCUUAUUUAGAUGCCAAGUGA